CCAAAAGGCAGGCAAGGAACUGGAGAGGCACAGAACCCAGCUUGAUCCUGAGGCAGCCAGUUAGCCCAACACCUGUCUGUCUGUCUGUCCCCAGAGCCAUGGAGAGAGCAAGUCUAAUCCAGAAGGCCAAGUUGGCAGAGCAGGCUGAACGCUAUGAGGACAUGGCAGCCUUCAUGAAAAGCGCUGUGGAAAAGGGUGAGGAGCUUUCCUGCGAAGAGCGAAACCUGCUGUCAGUGGCCUACAAGAAUGUGGUGGGUGGCCAGAGGGCUGCCUGGAGGGUCCUGUCCAGUAUUGAGCAGAAAAGCAACGAGGAAGGCUCGGAGGAGAAGGGCCCAGAGGUUCAAGAGUACCGGGAGAAGGUGGAGACUGAGCUCCGGGGCGUGUGCGACACCGUGCUGGGCCUGCUGGACUCCCACCUCAUCAAGAAGGCUGGUGAUGCCGAAAGCCAGGUCUUCUACCUGAAAAUGAAGGGUGACUAUUACCGCUAUCUGGCCGAGGUGGCCACCGGUGACGACAAGAAGCGUAUCAUCGACUCUGCCCGGUCAGCCUACCAGGAGGCCAUGGACAUCAGCAAGAAGGAGAUGCCACCCACCAACCCCAUCCGCCUGGGCCUGGCCCUGAACUUUUCUGUUUUCCACUAUGAGAUCGCCAACAGCCCUGAGGAGGCCAUCUCACUGGCCAAGACCACCUUCGAUGAGGCCAUGGCUGACCUGCACACCCUCAGUGAGGACUCCUACAAAGACAGCACCCUCAUCAUGCAGCUGCUUCGAGACAACCUGACUCUGUGGACGGCUGACAACGCUGGAGAAGAGGGGUGUGAAGCACCAGAGGAGCCCCAGAGCUGAACCACACCGCUACCCUCCCUGCCCUGCCCUGCCUGCUCCUGUCCCCCACCCCUAGCAGAGAGGACUAGUAUGGGGUGGGAGGCCCGACCCUUUUCCCUAAAUGCUCUGCCCCAGCUCAGAGAAGCUCCAUAGAGAGGGACCAGCGGAGUCGGGCCUCCUGGAACCAUUGGAUCCCACUCUUCUGGCGCUGUCGGGUGCUCACCCAGCCCUGCUCUCUGCACCCCCUCCUUGAGACCCCACCCGUGAACCAGGUCAUUUCCUUCGCCCUCUUGACUCCUUCCUGCCCCUGCUGCAUCUGGAUCUUAGGAAUUGAGGAGUGUCCCACCCUUGUGGCUGAGAUGUGGACUGUGUGGCAGAGGCUGGAGAUGAGUGUGUUUGUGUGUGUGAGAGAGAGAGAGAGAGAGAGAGAGAGAGAGAGAGAGACCCAGAAUGAGAGGGAAAGCAUGUCUGCUGGGUGUGACCAUGUUUCCUCUCAAUAAAGUUCCCUUGUGACACUC